ACUGGAUGGCGUGGGUUCUUUGGUAGUCAUUGUUAGCGAUUUUAUUUAGCGUGGGUUGAGUGGUUGGUGGGUGCGUUUUGAAUAAUCAAGUAAUUGAGCUCUAAUCGCGUGCAAGGCAUUGUGGAUGCCACAAAGGCCACAAUGUCACAACAAUAUAGUUUGCGGUGGAAUAACCACCAACCCAACUUUAUUUCCAUGUUUGGAACACUACUGGCUACCAAAAAUUUGGUUGAUGUUACCCUUGCUGCUGAGGGGCAACAUUUAGUUGCCCAUAAGGUUGUACUGUCAGCAUGUAGCACCUACUUCCAUUCUUUGUUUGUGGACAACCCGUCACAUCACCCUAUUGUAAUAUUGAAGGAUGUAACAUUCAACAACUUAUGUACUAUGGUGGAUUUCAUGUAUUAUGGAGAAGUCAAUGUUACUGAGGAACAGUUACCACAGGUUUUAGAAACAGCUAAAAUAUUAAAAAUCAAGGGACUGACAGAAAUGCCAGACUCAACAUCACUCACCAGAUCUCAGGGAGCAUCAGCAGACUUUCCAAACCCAGAAAAUUCCAAUGAGACUAACAGACCCUCAGUUUCUCCAUCAUCACCCAAUAUUAAGCGAAAACGCCGUCGUGUAAGUUCAACUGGAUCAGGUGUAAAUUUGGUGACAGAUGACAACAGAAGUAAUGAUUGUGGACAAAACUUGGAAUUAAUGCGAGAGGCAGUUACGCUUAGCAGUCUACCACAGCAGAAACGACGAGAAUUAGAUGAACGGAUGGACAACCAGGUGAGCCUAUUGACUGGAGAGCCCUCGAAUAUCAAUAUUGAUCAACUUGCUAUUGACUCAAAUGCAGUUGGAAUGUCACAAGAGCCCUUGGCUUCACCGUCAGGCGUAAGGAUGAGGCGAUCAAAAUAUUUCAAACGGCAGAGCAGAGUUCAGCCCGAUGAACGAGAGGUCCGGAAGCAGGUGUCGGAGCCUACGCUUACGGCCGUCGUGCCCGUUCUACAAAAACACGAGUCUUACCCGCAGUAUUCCACUACCAAGAUAUAUCGACCUCGGCAACGUACGGAACAAGCUGUCGGAUCUCUCCUAAUCAGGGCAGUAGCGGUCGUGAACCGUCAGCCGUCUACCACUGCCACCACAACUAUGUCUACAAGCUCAUUCGAAAGCGUCGUGUCAGAGAGCGUUAUUUCAGAGAACCCGGCUCAAACGCAUCGCGCUAGCCAUACACCCGCUGUUCGCUCUGGCCCACCUCUCAGCUGCAACUUCUGCUGGAAUACAGUCGACGAAUGUGGUCGUAUUCUUCGCCGGAAAACUCAAUACCAUUGCCCUGAAUGCCGCACCAACUUGUGCAUAGUGCCAUGUUUCCACGAGUACCAUGAUGGACCCGAAGCUGAAUCGAGUAAUAUCGCAAGAUGAAUUCAUUAAUUUCUUAAGCGUUAAUUUGGCUCGUUUCGUUUAUUUUAGCCGAGUAAACAGAUUUUGACGCUGCCGAAAAAUAUUAAUAGUAGGGGUUAGAAUGCCUCACGUAAAAGGGAGAUACGUGGUGUCAAGCUCUUGUUCUCGGUCGUCGUUUCCUAAGUUGAGGGAAUAUAUAGUUCUGCUGCGUUCUUUUUUGGACUGAAAGUCUAAGUUUAUGUUUCUUUAUAAAAGAUAGGUUAUAAGAUUUUAGGUUGUAUUUACCAAAUAGAUGAUUAUGUUUGUCUAGUCCCGGAUCUUUUCGCCUACUAAAAUAUUAACAAUGUGUUUUUAAAGUAAUAAAGUUAUCCCAUUUUCUGAUAUAUUGUACAGGUUAAGUGAUGAAAUGAUGUCUACAUGCACUAUAUUUAUUAAACGUUAUCAAAGCAUUAUUAUCUAUGUCUGUAGUAAAAACAAUAAACAAAAAAAAAAUAUUUAUGAUCCAUAUGAAACGUUCAUUAAUAAAACGUAGUCAUUUAGGUCGGCUAAUACUCAAAUGUCACUUGGUGCUUACUUGUUUAUAUCAGUUUGCAAAGGAUCGAACUACGCAUGUAGUACUAAACUACGGGAAUAUAACAUAGACCGACUGAUGCAAGUGUAGCCAUUGUUUCGUAUCUUCGAAAAAACUGCGCAAGCAAGACAUUGAGUUUAGCUAGACCAUUCAUGUACAAACCUUGAAUUCGUAGUAACCAAUUGCAAUAUUUAUAAUUCAAUCGUUGUCAAUGAAUGUUAUGUAACAAUAAAAUAAAAAAUAUUAAAAAUCUUAUUGAACACUAGCUGUGACUUUACUAUUUUAAUAUUAAAGAAAUUCUAUGCUGUUUAAUAGUUAAGACCAUAUGGUAUAUGUUAAAUGUAUUUUCGAAUCUUGUUGUUAAUGGUAAAAAGUUAGGCAUAAAAAAUUAAACGUAGGUCAGAUAUUACUGAGACUAUCGUCAUGAAGUAAUCAUAUGUGGAAAAAAGUAGUUUUAAUUAAUCGUAGCUUUACUUACGAAUGGUGCAUACGCUGUAAUGGAACUGUGUAUUUGUAAUUCUACUCUUCUUAUGAAUGAAAUUUUGUAACGAAUUUUUCGUUACCAUUAUAUGUAAACGUGCCAAGGUGUCCGAUGUCAAUGUCCUUAGAGUCGAAUGGUUUAUUAUUCACAAUAUACUGUAUUAUUUAAUGUUAAAUUAGAUAAGUAUAAUUUGACUUGGUCGUUAUUAAGUAUAGUUAAGUGUAUAGAAAUAUUCUAUUAGUGAUUUAUAAUUGGAGUAUUUUUAUCAAAUGAAUGAAAGUAUAUAUCUUUAAAAGUUAUUAAUUAUAAGUUUAAAAUAUUUUUUAAAUCUUCGACGAGUUUGUAAAUAUCAUCCAAUAUAUGAAAUUUAACCUAUUAAAACUACCAUUUAAGUGAGAAGCUAUUGAGAUUAGUCAUUAAUAAUUUUGGUACAAGUUAUGUGCAAUAAUGCCAGAAAAAUUGUGAGUUUAGCAUAUAAUAUAUAUAUGUAUAUAUAAAUAUAUCUACUAGCGUUUUUAAAACGUUAAUAGAUCUAUUACAAUUAUUAUUAUUCUUGUAUACCUGUUUAAAUUUUACUUAAAAAGCAAUAUUUGCGAAGAGUUAUGGGGUGCAUGAGAAAAUUGUAUUUUUAUAAGAAUUUUGGCCUUUGAAAAAAUAUUCUAUAUUUAAUAUAAUUAGGUCCAAAUUGCGUAAAUGAGCACAAUAUACUUACUAGAAACCUACGCUAUUUGUUAACACUUUGGAAAUAUAUAUUAUGUAGUUAGGAUGCAUCGUAAUGUCUUUUGACAUUGUAUCAAUUAACGGCUUGCCAUGUUCAAGUUGUUUAAGGGGUGAAUAAUUAAACAUGCUGCGUCUUCUUCUUUCGAAUUUUAAAUCAGUGAUGACGGAAAGAGAUAUCAGCUUUUAAAAUGUAACUAAACUGCUAUUUAAACUUUAUAAGUAAGGCCAUGUGUUGUUAUGAUAUACUUUUUGAUGCUCUUCGAUGACGUUAUAUAUUUUAAGUUAUACAAAAUGACACAGGAGAUCGUUUUUAAUAUGACACAGACUGUAUAUAUUUAUAUAUGAAUAUAUAUACAAACUGAGCUUGUAUGGUACAAACAGUUUGUUGAUGAACGAAUACAUCACAGUCAAUUUUGAUAUAAAAUAUGAAUAUUUAUGUCGGCCAUGGAUGAAGCGUUGUUCUACAUUUAAUUUUAAAUAAAGUUGUGACUAGGAUCGUAGACUAAUGCUGUUGGAAGAGAGUAUUUAAAUUAGUAUUACAACAGAUCCAGUUCAGUAGACAAGGCGAUAGGAUAUUUUUUCUCAGUGUCGUGCAG